AUGGACACCAUUCUGCUACCUCCCCCCCCGUCACGGUCUCCCCAAGAUCGACUAGGAGUUCAACUGGGGAGUGAUCGCGAUGGCAGGAACUCGGGCUCAAGAGAAGGACGUUCAGACCUUGAGCGGCUUUCUGACCCGCCUCCUGUCGCAUCUAUUGAUAGGGUGCCUCCAAGCUUUGAAUCAGGCAGACUUCAGGAAGCCCCUGAGGUUUGUGAUGAAACUAUGCGGGUGGAGGAAGCUGAUGAUCCUACUGGUAUCCAGACUAGAACUUCUGCAAUUCUACGUUUAGGAGCAGAUACUUCAUCCCGCAGUAAAAAAGGAAAGGCUAUUCUGAUCGCUAAAUCUAGCAAAUCAGUAGGAAAAAGGAAGGUUGCCCCUAUCUUGAAGAGAGUCGUGAGAAGUCCUCUCCAAGGACCCUCCUCAAAAAGGACGGUUACAAAGAAGUCUUCUACUGCUACUAGGAGGAAGGCCAUCAAAUUCGGUGUUCAUACCAGGUUGUACUAG